AAUAUCGUCCGACUCACAAAAAUGAUCUGUAUUUCGCCAAACUUCGUUGUUGUUCAGUUUCGUGUGGGCAAAGCGUCUGGGUACUUGGGAAGGAAAUAGCUGAGAGAGAAAAAACACAGAUCAGAAAGCUAGAGCGAGCGAUAGAGAUGGAUCCUAAGCUCACAGUGGUUUCUCAGUCAUUUGAGCGGUUUAAGGCUGCUUUAAUGCGUAAAGAUUUCGAUACCUGCACCCAGCUUCUCUCCCAACUCAAGGUUAUGCUAACUGAAUUUAAGAGCCUCCCUCCCAUUUUUGGAGAAACACCAAAUGCAGUCCAUGAGUUGACAAUUGCGAGGGAUAUAUAUGAGCAUGCAGUUAUUUUAGCUGUGAAGAUGGAGGAUCAAGAUGCCUUUGAGAGAGAUUUCUUUCAGCUUAAGCCUUAUUACACAGAUGCAAGGCAUCUUCCGCUGUCCCCCCAAGAAUACCCCAUUUUAGGACUCAACCUUCUGAGACUACUUGUUCAGAACAGGAUUGCAGAAUUCCACACUGAAUUGGAGCUGCUUUCUCCUAAUGCCUUGGAGGAUCCUUGCAUAAAACAUGCUGUUGAGCUAGAACAGUCUUUCAUGGAAGGAGCUUACAACCGUGUGUUGAAUGCUAGGCACGCAGUGCCUCAUGAAACCUAUGCUUAUUUCAUGGAUCUUCUGGCCAAGACUGUCAGGGAUGAGAUAGCAGGAUGCAGUGAAAAGGCUUACGACACUCUUUCAGUAGGUGAUGCCCGGCAAAUGCUGCUCUUUUCCUCAGACCAAGAACUCUUUGAAUAUGUUCGUGAGGAGCACCCCGAGUGGGAGAUAAAGGACGGGCUCGUCAUUUUCCAAAAAGUAAAAGAUGCAGCACCUUGCAAGGAGAUACCAUCUUUGCAGCUUAUCAACCAAACACUCAGUUAUGCAAGGGAGUUGGAGCGAAUUAUCUGAGGGGGGUAGUGUUUCUAUUGCUUUAAAUUUCUUAUUCCUUGUGACAAUCGGCUCUUAGACCAUUACUGCAUCUAAUUUUUCCUGUAAAAGUGCACAUUUGUUUACUCUUUUCCCUGUUUGAGUUGAAAUUUACUGUUUGGUCCAAUGCGAAUAGCUUAUUUGAUGGACUUGGUUUUGAAUUGAGUGGUUCCAAGGUAUUAGAAGAGUGAG